AGGCACUAGAGGAGCUCUUCUCGGACUAGGAGUAGCGUGAGAUCUAGCGACGUGAACGAGGUUAUUCACUUGAAUGUAACAGCUAGCGUAAUGAUGCUAAGCUAGCUGUCAGCCUGGCAUCCACGGGUUUUGCUGCCGAGUUUUAGCUACCGGAUGCUCCCGGUCGUAUCCUGCUGGCCGUCUUGACAUUCCCCUCAACAUUCCUGGACGAAUUCGUGUCGACUGACCAGAGUCCGCGAAUUCAGGUCCACUCCUAAUCUAACCUUUCCCCCCGCUAGCGUGAUUUAGCUCACCGGCUAACAAGAGUUCAAUACUCGGGAGAACCGGACUGACGAGAGUUCAACUUAAGGACCACACCCAAACAUGUCCCUUCAUCAGUUUCUGUUGGAACCCAUCACCUGCCACGCAUGGAACCGCGACAGGACACAAAUUGCCAUUAGUCCCAAUAACCAUGAAGUUCAUAUCUACAAGAAGAGUGGCAACCAGUGGGUUAAGACCCAUGAACUGAAGGAACACAAUGGCCAUAUAACAGGCAUUGACUGGGCUCCCAAAAGUGACCGCAUAGUGACAUGUGGAGCAGACCGUAAUGCCUAUGUGUGGUCCCAGAAGGAGGGGGUAUGGAAGCCCACACUGGUCAUCCUCAGGAUCAACAGAGCGGCCACCUUCGUGAAGUGGUCUCCAUUGGAGAACAAGUUUGCAGUGGGCAGUGGUGCUCGACUCAUCUCUGUCUGCUACUUUGAGUCCGAGAACGAUUGCGAGAGUGCAGUGCUGCAAGGAAGUCGUCAUGCAAAUGUAGAGGUAGGGGGUGGAGGGGGUUGGGUCCACUCUGUCUCUUUUUCAGCUUCUGGUAACCGUCUGGCCUGGGUCAGCCAUGACAGUACUGUCACAGUGGUGGACAGCUCUAAGACUGCCAGUCCUUCACAGCUGAAGACGGAGUUCCUUCCUCUGCUCAGUGUCAUUUUUAUUUCAGAGAACAGUCUAGUAGCUGCGGGUCACGACUGUUGCCCAAUGCUGUUCCGUUGCGACGACGGUGGAGCGCUGACGUUUGUGACAAAGCUCGACCUCCCCAAGCAGAGCAUCCAGAGGAACAUCUCUGCCAUGGAGCGCUUCAGGAACAUGGACAAGAGAGCCACCACUGAGGACCGCAACACUGCCCUGGACACACUGCACCAGAACAGCAUCACCCAAGUGUCUAUCUAUGAGGGAGACAAAAGGGAUUGUCGCAAGUUCUGCACCACAGGUAUCGAUGGAGCAAUGACCAUUUGGGACUUCAAGAGUCUAGAAGCUUCUAUCCAGGGUCUCCGCAUUAUGUGAAGAAACCUUUUGAAUGAACGGAGAGACGCUGCGGCCUCACUUCUCCCCCUUUUCCUCCCCUGCCCUCACCCCUCUUGCCCCUUUUCCGUCUCACCCCGGCCCUCCCUCCACUCCCGCGACGCAGCCAGUAACAUACAUACUUUCUCGAGUGUCUGCUGAAGCACUGAUCAGACCAUAACACACUCUUGUGAGUGUGUGCUUACACUCACUCACUCACACACAUACACACUCACUACACACGCUGAGCUGACGUGUGACUUCACUGUUGAUUUUUUUUUCCCCCUAUUUUGUUUGCUUUUAAACGAAGGUUAACCAGGUGUCAAAGUGGGAAGGUCCUCUGACACGUAUUAGACGUGACGUGAAAUGUGUGUUUUUAUGUUCUCUAACCUCCUGUACCAAAAGUUGAACACUAAAAGGUGCAUUUUAUCCAAAAAUCAGACUGUAUUCCACCUCAUGCUAACCUUAACAUGCUCUCGGAAUAUCAACAGUUAGUAGACCAAAAGUAGACGUUUUACUGGAGGAUAGUUUGUAUUCUUCAGCGGGCGAAUUUGUUAUCACUAGGACCCGGGGUUACUGAUAUUCUGAGUACAUGUUGCGUGUUGGCUUUUGGGAGUUGUACAGAAUCUGAUGGUGGAGAGAGAAAGCAGCUGUCUGAACUCUGUGUGGAGUGACAGCUGGCCAACACUAGGCUCUGUAGCUCCUACACUAAAACCACACAAGAUGGAGGAUUUCUAUGUAAUUGAUCAUGAGUAGACAUGAAAUAAAGAUGAAAUACAUUUACAGUACUCAA